AUGGUUUUUCAGCCUCCCCCAACCGUUUCCAGCGACCACAACCCUGUUUUGCAGCCGAACGAAUGUUCAUCUACUUUGUUCCAAACUAUCGCAGCUCCUGCCUCCGUCGUUUGGGCUCUGGUUUCCGACUUUGAAAAUCCUCAACGCUACAAGCCGUUCGUGAGAUCCUGCAGAAUCAUAGAUGGCCAGGCGAACCAAGUCGGAUGCUUACGCCGUGUGGAUGUCGCGUCAGGACUUCCAGCCUCCUAUAGCAUCGAGCGGCUGGAGAUUCUUGAUCAUGAUCAGCGCAUCUGCGGGUUCAGCAUUGUCAGCGGCGACCACGGUUGUCGAACUAUCGCUCGAUCAUGA